CUAUUUCGCGCGCAUUGCUCUCUUGGGAUCUAGCUAAUACUAUCCUAAUCUCUUCCCACAAAAAAUGAGUUUUGUUCCUCUCAACCCGCGGCCUAUGCUGCAGUCUCUGGUCAAUGAAGAUGUUAUCGUUCGCCUGAAAUGGGGUCAGACCGAAUAUAAGGGUCAAUUAGUCAGUGUGGAUUCAUAUAUGAAUAUCCAGCUGUCCAAUACGGAAGAAUUUAUCGAUGGAAAGAAUACGGGGACUUUGGGUCAAGUUUUGAUACGGUGUAAUAACGUUCUCUGGAUAUCAGCCGCGAAGGGGGUGGAGAUGAAGGACGUAGAGAUGGCGGGCUGAGCGUAUCGAAGCAAUCAUGAGUUUUUAUACAUGGGAACGGCGUUAUCGGGAUGAAUAAAGACCUUUGACUAAUGAGGCUGAUUGCGAGACGCGUCCUGUGGACCUCCAUAUAUUUAAAAGGGAGCUCAGGAAAAGUGCUUGGAACACGCAACUUAGGAUCUAUACAUAUCGGGAAGGGCUGAUCGCAUCGCGAGCGCUUCCUGUCUCUUCAUUGGCACCCCGAACUUGUGGAUUGGGCGGGUUUGGAAGUUGAAGCGAUUUCGGAUGCUGCGCUCGAUCAAAUUAACUCACGCGCACUUUAAAGAGAAGAAUUUAUUUGAAAAUACUCCGUACGGUUAUCAAAGGGUUUUCAGCUCAUUGCGUAUACGAUGAAGUUGUGCGAAACGUCCGCUGGGAGUAGGUCAGCGACUACGUCU